UGAGGAGUGGAUGCAAUUUCGUGCCACUCGAUUGGACCCUUCGUGGCAGGCUAAAAGAAUAGCUGCCCAAGAACGACAGGCCAAGAAUGAUGCACCCCAUCUAUUGUCAAGAGGGGGAUAUGAAAGAAAAAAAAAGGAAAUGAAGAAGGCUAGGGCAGAGGCAGCAGGGGUUGAGUCUGCUGACCGUGUGGAGUCACCUCCCCGCCAUGAGAUGUGGAUAGCAGCCCGGACAAAAUCAGAUGGGCAAAUGACUUCUGAGUCUGCAAGGGUCGUUGCUGAUAAAAUAGAGGGUUUAGUUGAGCAGAGCACCCAGGGCUCAUUUGUUUCCGAUGGUCGGAAUGAUAUCCUCACAACGGCCAUAGGAAGGCCAGAGCACGGAGGCCGUGUGCGUGGUGUUGGUGGUUCUUGGAGCCACCGAGAUUUCUUUGGUGCCCGAUCAUCGAGGAGCACUGUUGACUCUUGCAGUCAAGAGGUUAUGCAGAGAAUGGAGCAGAGAUUGGAGAGUCAGUUUGAAGAGAGAUUGAAGAAUAUUCAAAAAGAGUUUGAACAGAAGUUUGAACUUUUGGCUCGUUCUCAGCAACAGACUGCAGUUGCUCAUGAUGUGUGA